AAAAAGUCAAGGAUCAGCAUUAGGCUUCUGAAGGUUUCUGACAAUGGGGUUGAGGAAAGUUUGUCUUGGAUUGGUGUUUAUGGUUGUAUUUGGUUUGUCUGAAGGACAACAGCGAGGAAAGUCAAAACAAAAUCAGAACCCAGCUGCGCCUAAGCCUAGGCCAUUAGCUCAAGUUCCUCAACCGACUGAAACCAGGAUUCCUCAGGUUCCACAUAGAUAUGACCCUAGCAUCCCUGUAUUUGCACCACAAAGUUUUCCCGUCCAGACACCAACUGGGAGUGACUUUGGAAGGCAUUCUCAAGAUCUUUAUGGUGUUCAGUCAAAAGAACUGAUACUGGGUCCAGUUGCAAAACUGACAUGGCGCUUUCCAAGCCUACCAGAAGAACCACAGAAGCCAGAUAUUCCUUUUGAAUUGCGCCAUCCUGUACCUGCCAACAGUGUAGCAGCUCAGUGUGGAGAGAAUUCAAUACAUGUGGAAGUUAUGGAAGACUUCUUUGGGACUGGACGACCCCUAAUGCCCUCCGCUUUUACACUGGGAGGCUGUACUGCAACUGGAGAGGAUCCUUCUGCUCAAGUGCUCAUCUUUGAGUCUGAACUGCAUGGAUGUGGUAGCACAUCAUUGGUAACUGAGGAUGAACUUGUCUAUAUUUUCUCCGUUAUUUACACCCCGCAAGAGGCUUCAUAUGGUGGUCCUAUUGUCAGGAGCAGAGGUGUGGUGGUUGGUAUUGAGUGCCAUUAUCCAAGAAUGCAUAAUGUGAGCAGCGACGCCUUAAUGCCCACUUGGACCCCUUAUGUCUCUCCUGUAGUUUUGGAGGAACUUUUGGUCUUCUCCCUCAGGCUCAUGACUGAUGACUGGAGAUUUGAGCGAUCUUCCUACCAGUACUACUUGGGAGAUUUCAUUAAUAUUGAGGCUUCAGUGAGGUUGUACAACCAUGUUCCUCUUCGUGUGUUUGUGGACAACUGUGUGGCUACUUCAGUCCCUUAUACAAAUGCUAUCCCCAGAUACUCCUUUAUUGAGAAUAAUGGGUGCCUAGUUGAUGCCAAGCUCACAGGCUCCAGCUCACGAUUCAUGCCCCGGACACAAAUUGACAAGCUGCAGUUUCAGCUGGAGGCAUUCAGAUUCCAGCAAGAGAUUAGUGGAUUUGUCUACAUCACUUGUGUUCUCAAGGUGGCUGCAGCAUCCACCUCUACUAAUGUUGAGCAGAAAGCUUGCUCUUUCUCCACUAAUCGGUGGGUGUCUGCUGAUGAGGAUGAUCAGGUGUGCAGCUGCUGUGACGCAAACUGUGGCAUUGGGAGUGGAAGUGAUAAGCUCCGUAAAGAUCUGUGGUGGGACAGAGCCCAUGCUGGACCCAUCAGAGUCAAGGACUAUGGUCUUGGUCCAAUGUAACUCCACUGCACAAUGGCAAAAUAAAGUGCUUAAUCAUACUGUUUGAGUUACUGGUUU